AUGUGGAGAACUAUUACCGUAGCAGCAAUCCUCAUGUUACUGACAGGAGUUCAGGCUCAGCACAGUGUAACUCUCUCCUCUCAGAGUCUCUAUGCUGUUACUGGAUCUACAGUAAAAAUCCCCUGUACAUUUAGACCACCUGAUCACUCCAGUGUCACACAGAGAGAGUGGUAUCGAGUCCAAAGCUCUGAAGAAAAACCACAAGACCUGAGCACAGAUCCACAAUACUCAGGACGAGUGUCUGUAAGCACAGUGACGUCUGACUGUGAGCUGACAGUGAGGAAUGUGAGAGUGAGUGACUCUGGAGUUUAUAACUUUAGAUUUAAAACACGAAGAAGUGACUGGAUAUCAGCCUCAUCUGGAGUUCAUCUGACUGUUACAGAUCUGAAGGUUACAGUAUCAGACAGCAGUAAUGGGUAUAAAAAGCUGAGCUGUAUCACCACCUGCACUCUGUCUAACAACCCCACUUACAUCUGGUACAAUCACGGACAGCGUGUUACUAAUCACAACAGAAAUGAUCUGGAUGUCAGUAGUUGGUAUGCAGGCAGCUACUCCUGUGCUGUAAGAGGACAUGAGGAUCUUCGCUCUCCUGCUGUCUGUGUUUAUGAUGAGCAGAAGUGCUGGAGUGUGACUUACUCCACCCAGACUAUCUGCUCUCUAAUUGACUCAUCAGUGGACAUCCACAGUUAUUACACCUUCCCUGAACAUUACAAGGUCACAAAAGUGUUGUGGUUCAUUAAAGAGCAGGCUGAUGGUGAGCCUGUGGAUGUGAGAGAGGAUGAGGAGUAUCAGGGCCGAGUGCAGUACACACAGAGCUCCCAGAAUAACUGUAGUCUGAGAAUCACUAACCUGACAGAGAGAGACGCUCAAACAUACAGAUUCAGAUUCUACACUGAUGGGGGUGAUUACACCGGAGAACCUGGAGUCUCUCUGUCUGUCACAGCUUUCAAAGUUACAGGACCAAAGUUGAGUGAUGGGUAUAAAAAGCUGAGCUGUAAAACCACCUGCACUCUGUCUAACAACCCCACUUACAUCUGGUACAAGAACGGACAGCGUGUUACUGAUCAGAACAGAAAUGAUCUGGAUGUCAGUAGUGGGAAUGCAGGCAGCUACUCCUGUGCUGUAGGAGGACAUGAGGAUCUUCGCUCUCCUGCAGUCUGUGUUUAUGAUGAGAAGAGCUGCUGGAGUGUGACUUACUCCACACAGAAUAUCUGCUCUGUGAUUGGCUCAUCGGUAGACAUACACAGUUAUUACACCUUCCCUCAUUGGCACAAGGUCACAAAAGUGUUGUGGUUCAUUAAAGUGCAGGCUGAUGGUGAGCCUGUGGAUGUGAGAGAGGAUGAGGAGUAUCAGAGCCGAGUGCAGUACACACAGAGCUCCCAGAAUAACUGUAGUCUGAGAAUCACUAACCUGACAGAGAGAGACACUCAAACAUACAGAUUCAAAUUCUACACUGAUGAUCCUAAAGGCAGAUACACUGGAAAUCCUGAAGUCUCUCUGUCUGUUACAGAUCUAAAGAUUACAGUAUCAGACUGGAGAGACCAGUACAUGACACUGAGCUGUAUCACCACCUGCACUCUGUCUAACAACCCCACUUACAUCUGGUACAAGAACGGACAGCGUGUGUCUGACUGUAAAUCUGCCUCCUGCUCUGUAGCUGCAGUCAGUGGUGCGGUCAGUUACAGCUGUGCUGUUGAAGGCCAUGACAGUCUCCUCUCUCCUCCAGUGUAUUCCCCUAAAAACACCAGAGCAGUGGUUCUUUCCUCUGGAGACACAGUGGAGGGGGAUUCAGUGAUUCUGAGCUGUAGCAGUGAUGCAAAUCCUCCUGUUCUCACCUACUCCUGGUUUAAGCAGAAAGCAGCUGCAGACACACUGCUGACAACAGGCCAGAAUUACAGCAUCAGCAACAUCAGCUCCCAGCACAGCGGACUGUACUACUGCACUGCUCACAACCAGCUGGGACAGCACAACUCCACACCAACACUUCUGGAUGUGUUAUUUUCUGAAGGCUCAGAGGAGAACACAGUGUUAAAGCUCAUCAUGGUGGGACUGGGUGUCUUUCUGGCAUUAACACUCAUCCCAGGAGCUCUGUGGAUGUGGAAGAGGAAGUUGAGCUCAGCUAACAGCCACAGCAGCACUGGCGAGAGUGAACAGCCUUCGCCUGAUGCUGUGUAUGAAACUGUCCCGGCCUUAGACUUCAGCAGGAGAGUCGCCUCAGAUGAUCAGGAUAACCUUCAAUAUGCCAGUGUGGUUUUAAAAACAUUCCACACACAGGGAGGGUCUCUGUCACCCAGACUUCCUCCAGACACCACAGAGGAAAAGGAAGUUCAGUACGCUGCUGUAAACAUUAGCAGGAGCACUGCUGCCACCCAACUUGGGACAGAUGAAAUGGCUGAUGAUUUGUCUCAGAUCUACAGCAAGGUCCAUAAAAUCCCCAGAAAAUGAAAGAGCUGAGAGUGAUGC